AUGAAUGUGGUGCUCUUGGCUCUUCUAAUCGUCUCCUACCUGGCAACAGGAGGAACCAACCGCGUGUACGUGCAUCCUUUCUAUCUCUUCAGCUUUGAAAACAUCAGCUGUGAAGUCAUCCAAAGUAAGGACCCUAAGCCUCUGGAGACUAUCCAUCCUGUGACUCGGCUCCAAGACAGCACCGAGCCAGACCCUCGCCCCAGCACUAGGCCCAAGACCCUGAAGAACCUGUCCCAGCGCACUGCCGUGCUGGCUGAACUGCAGAAUUCUCUGGGCCUGCGUAUGUUUGAAAAGCUCAGCUGCAGGAAGGACACUGGCAACAUCCUGCUCUCUCCUUUCAAUGCGUUUGGUUCCCUAGUAACUCUAUACCUUGGGGCCUCAAAGAAAACCGCCAUCCCCUACCAGCAGCUGCUGGGUGUCAACUGGGAGUCGGAUCGGGCCGACUGCGUAUACCUGAUAGAUGGGCACACGGUGUUACGUACGCUGCAGGCCAUCAACUCGUUAAUCGACGGACCUUGGGAUGAGCUCAGGACUCUCGUUUGGACCUUCGUGAGCAGUGAUGCUAACCUCUCCAAAGACUAUGUGCGCGGGAUGCAGGACUUCUCGGACGCCUCGUUCGUUCGAGCAGUGAACUUUUCCCAGCCUGAGGAGGCUGAGGCACAAGUCAACUCCUUCAUCCACAAUACGUCAGACAGCAAGAUGGAGAACCUCUUUACAGCUCUCAGUCCAUCCACGAACCUGUUGUUUGCUAGUUCUGUACAUUUCAAAGGCAGUUGGAGAACAGCUUUCCAACCAGAGAAAACUAAUAUUCAAGACUUCAGGAUUGAUAAGAAGUCCAGUGUUAAAGUACCGUUUAUGAUACACACUGGUGACUACAUGCAUCUCGAUGACCCUGGCAGGAAGUGCUCUAUAGUCAAACUCAGUCUUAGCAAACGGACCUACAUGCUACUGGUGCUGCCUCACGUAGAAGCCUGCAUGCAAGACAUUGAAGAUCAACUCCUGAAAAAAAUCAUAGCUACAUGGGAUAAACGUCUAAAAGAACGGUACUUGGAACUGUCUCUGCCUAAAUUCUCAGUGACUGCUGUGACUGACCUAAGGUCAGUGUUAUCUGAUCUGGCUGUUGAGAAAUAUCUGCUGGGCUCUGACGCCCACUUUGAGAGACUCAGCAGCAAGGAGAACUUCACAGUUGAUAAGGUGCUCAACAAUGUGUUUUUUGACAUGUCUGAAGAAGGGACUGAAGUUCAGAGCAAGUCUCAAGAUGUGAAAGUUCCCCUCAAAGUCACUGUCAACAGACCCUUCUUCUUUGCCAUUAUAGAGGGUACCUCUAAUGCCAUACUUUUGUUGGGAAAGAUCCUGAAUCCAACUAUAUAAAAAACAGCAUGCAAUACACUUUAACGUGGUUUGAUUUUCAUAUCCGUUAAACUCACUAUAGGAUAAACAUACACGUAGCUAGCGCUCUAUAUUAAUUAAAAAAAUAGUCCUCAUGGUCGUGCAGCAAGUUUGGUAUGUAAUGCUGAAAUAAAGACGCAGCAGCCAUAAGGAGUAUAUUCUGAACAUAGCUUCCAUGUUCCCUCCCACAUUGUAAAAUGAAGGCCAGUUUGUUCCACUACAGUAGUGUCUCCCAAACCAUUCCCCUGGAGCUUGAAGCUUAAUACUUACCUGUUCCAUCACACCCUACUCACCUCCUCAGCCAAUUACCAAAAAGAGGAGGAAAUGUCAACAUGGUUUCGAAAACAGUAUGGAUAUCAUGUUCGCAAUAUCCUUAAAUCUCCCACACGUGCACUUAGUAUGUGGACACGGUUUAAGGUUUACAAUGCUUAAAUGAUUUGUUAGCACACUAGUGGGAUAUACAGCAUGAUGUAUGUGGCUAAUACUUCAGAUGGGAAAAUCCAUGGCUUGGGUAUGUUUUUAUAUAGAAAUGUUUUGUAGAAUGGUUUAUUCUGUUUAUAAGUAACUUAAAUUAAAUCUGAGAACCUCUGUUCAUGUUAUUUUUGUCUUUUUCUAAAUUGCACAAGACCUUUUACACACAAAACAUUUUACAACAGACAGCAAAUUUAGCAAAAAGCAGAAAUUCAGAAAGGUGCAAAACUGCAGGCGUAUGCACAUGGGAAAAGUUCUGAAGUGUUUUCACAGUCACCUACCUGCCCAAUUCUGAAGGAAAACGUUUUGGCGACAUUAACUUAUUAAGCAGCAGCAUCUGCCAUUAUAUCCAAACCUUUUAUUGUUAAAGUUACAUUUAAAAGUUACAGUAGUACCAUUCUUGUCAUGGUGUUUAAAAUGCCAAAAGGACUGAGCUUCAUGCCGACAGGCAGGCCUCAGGGAAAACCUGGUUAAAGAAAUGUUAUUCAUUCUGACAGAAUGCUUAGCUCAUGACACCAGUUUCAUAACAUCAGGUUCCAAGUCAUAAGUUGGCACAUCAGUCAACAUUAUUUGAUGUAACCGUGCAUGACAGGUUGUGACGUAU